AUGGAUGAGAGUAAUAGAAAAAACCUCCCGUCAGAGAAAAGACGGCAAAAGUUUCAAGAGCUGUUCAAAUCCAUACCAAAGCAAGAGACGCUUGUGUACUCGUGCCCGUGCAUAUUAAAAGACAAUUCAAAGUACUGCCAAGGGCGCAUGUAUAUAAGCAACGAGCACAUUUCGUUCUAUUCAAAAAGCAUCUUUGGGAAUGCCACUCUUAUUGUAAAGCUGAAAUCUGUGAUUGCGAUUGAGAUAAAAACCGCAAUGCUUCUUUCAGGGUCGCUGGAGGUGAUUACAUACGACAAAACAUACAGCUUCAAGACGGUUUUCUACAAGGAGAAGGCAUACCCGAUCGCGCUUCUGCACUGGCAGCGGGCUAUGGGGCUGGGCUCAAAUGUCAAAAGCAUAUUCCAGGUUGACAUUCCCAGGCCUAGCGAGGUGGUGGAGGAGCGUGCCAUUUCCGAGGAAGAGCGGGUUUUUGACAUAGACCUGAGGAGGCUGCUGCGGCGGAUUGUGCACACGCCCUCUACCCUAAAGUUCUACAGAACACUGACCGACGACGAAAUAACUAUUAAAACAUACAUGAAUAGACGGACCAUACAGUUUGCGAACGAGUUUAUUGAUGAGAUAUACACAUUCAAAAAAAACAAAAUGUGCAUAGAGUACCACUCAAAGGGAACGCUUUGCAAGAUUUUUAUAGCUGCCAAAGAGAAAAAUUCGACGAAGGUGAAAAUCGUAGAGAAGUACAACUACACGACGCAGCAUUACUUUAACUUCAUAAGUGAGCUGGCCGCGCAAGAGCCCGAUAGCGUUUCGUGUUUUUCCUUUGUGUCUGCAAUUAUAAUCGCUCUGUGUAUAAAGAUAGGAAGAGCGGCCUAUGGGGUGUGGGGCCGCUAA